GGGGACGGAGGAACGUUAUUCCCUCCUCUAAAAUAUCCAAGGUCUAAAAUGAUAUUCCUAUAUCGGCCUAUUUCGAGUGUAAUAGUAAAGUGAAGGAAUCCUGUCGCUGUGUGGCGACAUCCGGCAGUCCUUCGUUCGCUUGAGUAAGAGGAGCUCCGUGGAGUUUCUCUCUCAUAAGCUGUUUUAAGGCUGGUCUCCAACCUUCCCUCUUCCCUGAACCCAGCCCCCCCGACCCGGGGGCCACGCCCUCCGACCCGGUCCUCCUGAGGAGGGUGGUUAGGCGGAUGUUCUUCCAUGCAGAGGGCCGCAACUACUCCCCCCCGCCGUGUUCCGACUCGGAUGACGACUCUUUCGAGGAGCUGUUGAUGGAGAAAGUGAGACGAGGAGAAUCUCCUGCGGCUCCGGUCUUGCCGGAGCCGCAGGAGGAGGAGGUCGUGGACGCCGACGGCAUCGUGGACGUCGGAUGCGUGCGCAGCGACGCCAGGCUCUUCGAGGCCAAGGAGAAGAUGGAAAAUGGCGAGAUCGCGACCCGCUUCGUGCUGCAGAUGCCGUCCUUCGUCCCCCCCGAGCUUCUGGGCGACUCCGUAGAGCUGGGCCCUUCGGCGGCCAACAGCUACAACCUCCUGAUGGCCGACGUGUCUGGAUCAAUGAAGUCGUACUGGCCAGGCGUCAUCUCGGGCUGGAACACCUUCAUCGCGCCGAAGCUGAGGGGGCGCACAGACCUCUAUGUCUUCGGCAGUUCCGUCGAACUGCGGAGGACUGGCACUGAGCUGAAGCAGUCAGACUUCACCAGCGGUCAGACAGAUUUGACAGGUGCCCUGCAGACAAUCGUCGACAAAGUAUACACCUGCAAAGAGAAAUAUGUCAAGGUGUUCAUCAUUACUGACGGAGACCACAACAUGUCUUAUGAAUCUCCAGAGAGCGUCAUAUCGCUGAUGAGGGAGCCGAAAGGUAAAAUUUGCGACGUCUAUUUGCUGGGGGCUGGCAACGGUUUCCCCGUCCAAUACAGCGUCAACAUCCGGUCCCGUCUCCACAAUGGCAGCGCCAAUCUGCCGACACUCUUCUGGGCCGAGGAUCAUACAGGCAUAGAGAAUCAAAUGAAGGACAUCAGCAAGAGCCUUGCUAGCAUGAAUGAAAGAAGUUUAAUGCUUUCUGUCCCGGGAUGGAAACUGCCCGGCGCUAGAUCCACACAAGAUUUCCAUAUUUUAGAGUGGGUCUACUUUCCAGAGGAUCCUGAAAAGCAUGGAAGUCUCAAGGUCUCUCUUAAUAAUUAUGUGUGUCAGCUGGCUCCGGAGCGCACCAAGAUCACCACCGACAUCUUGGGCAAGGUUAUGCGCCAGUGGAACAGCGUGGCCGUCCAGUUCCACAACAUAGGGAAACAGAUUCCUUCGGACCUGCUUCCCUUCAUGGAGCGUCUCUUUAAUACCAAUCUGCAGAUGGGAAUUGAAGGGCACUCUGUAGCAGCAAGGCUUUCACGAGUAAAUGCCAAGACAGUUGAGGUGGAAUUCAGAACAAACAUGAAUAAAAUCAAGGAAAUCCUGACCACUGAGAAACACAGUGAUGCCCUAAGAUUAGCACACAACAUCCUCAGCACCACUGUGACUGCUGGCAAAUACGAAGUCAAGUCCCUGCAACUGAAAGGCCACUCAGAGCUUGAUUAUGGAAAGGACUGUCAAGAAUUCAAGAAUGUGUAUAGGACGAAAAAGCCAGAGCUGAUGGCCGUGACUGUAACGCCGGAGGAGUGCUGCCGCAUAACCAUGAGUUCAACCAUCUCGGACCUCCAAGACGAAGACUUCCUCCAGAUGCUGAGUCUAAAUAAGUAUGAGUUCCUCAAGCAAUUUACCAUGAGUGGCAUCCCAGUAUUUUCGCCAACCAGAGACUCAGUAAGCUUAAAUCCCUGGUCCUACAAUAUCUCGAGGAUACUUAAAUCCCCGUACACCACCCUGAGUCAAGUGGCCAUUGAGUCCUAUGCUUCAAAUAAAGAACCCGGCGCACGUCAUAAGGACAUCAAGCUGAAAGAGGAUGAUGAUAAUACUCAUUUCAAUGCUGUCAUCCCAGUCUUUAGCCCAGAAGUUGCAAAGGUAAUGGAACCUCUCGUUCAAACACGUCUUUAUGCCAUGUGUGUUACCUUCGCCAUUCUCAAGAACCCUCACAUUAUAGAGUUCAAUAUACAUAUAGCAGCUCUGGCUACCUGCUGGGUGAGAAUACUGUACGAGCACCCAGAAGUCCCACGGCCAGAGUAUGUUCGCCUCCGAGAGGAGAGCAUAUUCGCCACGGCUUCACUGUACAUGAAGAGGAAAGGCAACGUCGAGUACUGCAAGCUCCUGACAGAGGACACGCCACAGGCACUGAUGACGGAAAGCUCUGUGAAGAUAAACAACCGUCCAGUCAAGUGCGAGUCUCUCAUCAAGCCAAUGUUUAUGCUUUAUUUCCUAAAGCAAAACAAGGAAUUAGAGAUGGCAGAAGUUGCGAAGAUUGUCCGGAUGAUCUUGGUUGAAUUUGUCGGGCGCAACUUGAGUCACAUCAAGAACUCAAAGAAAAACAGCACACCUUAUACAGACUUCUUCGUGGCAGUGCUCAAUGAUGAAGAUAAGAAAAAGGAGUUUUUAGAAAGGUAUGCUGAGAAGGUGAAGUCGACAAUCGAUAAAGGGGAGAGCUCAGCAGCCUUUCCUCUCUCAAAGUUCUACACACUCGAGGAAGUCCAGAAAGUGGCCAAAAAGAAGAGCACAGUGCAGAUGAGAGCGGUCAGAGAGAACCUUGCACUGCCGGUGCGGGUGUGCAUGGAUAAGGUGGAAAGACUAUUUAAUGUGUCCCUUGCCGGAGCUGUCUCAUGGCGCACCCUCAGGACUUAUGCCAGGGAGAUGGCCCUGCCCUCGGAUGUCGUUGAAGACCUGUUUGCUGAGAAGAGUGCAUUCGUUUACACUCAGCAUGCACUGCGGUACAGUUCUUCGAAGGAACGUCUGUCAGCUAAGAUCGACAGCUAUGACGAUGCCUUUAGUUAUGUGAUGAGGCAAGUCGAAAUGGAAAACGUAAACAAUCUGGUAAACACGCUUCUAAAUAACAUGGUCAUCUCCUACCAAAGUGCCUGGCUGACUGAAUACUACCAAGCCCACUCUGACGUGGUAAGACCCAUGAGCAAGGAACAGAUUCUAGCGGAGGCUGCUGCCCGUGGAAUCGAGGUCACGGCUGCGACUUUUGAUCAAGUGUACCGGAAAUACCGCCCACAUCUAGGGCUGCUGAGCAACGCCUGUCAGUGCCCUUCCUGCCCCUUUUUCCUCCAGCCAAACAAGAGGUACAAUCAGCACGCCAUCGUGGAGCGGCACAAAUCAACUCUGUUCCCUCACGGAUUCCACCAAGUUGCAUACAACUGUCGUGAAGGAGGCCUCAAGAAUGCCAUCAGCGAGUUCCAGUCUGGCACCUACAGGAAACACAAGGGCCAGGGCAAGCCAGUGUCAAAGGAAGCCAUCACUCCCCUUCUUCAAGACAUGGAACAGCUGACAGUCAUUUAUUCUCGAGCCAAGUAAAUGAAACAGAGAGAGGGAGGUGAGGCAGGGAAGGGAGCUUGUCCAUUCACACAGUUCGUUCUAGAUUUAGAGUGAUUUCCUCUGGGAGAUUAUUCACUCGCUUUCAGACCCUGCGUUUUAUCACAAAAGGCCAGCAUUUUGUGGUACCUUACAUGUCCAUCUCAGAACUGUCUGCCUUUUAUUGAUAUUAUUAUUAUUACUGUUAUUAUUAUUAUUGAUUAUUAUCAUUAUCAUUAUCAUUACUAUCAUUAUUGUUGUUGUUAUUAUGAUUAUUAUUAUUAUCAUUGUCAAUAUUAUUAUUGUUGUUGCUGUUGAUACUAUAAUCAUUAUCGUUUGAACAGAAAAUGUGACCGAUUUUUACAGGUAAAUGAGUCACUUCUCAUCUCCCUUGCAGACAACCCCAAAUGUGUUUUUUCUCGUCUUUUCUUUUGGAUAACCAAACUGUUAACUAUGAUAUGCAGGAAGUGGGCCUCCUUUCAGGUAGAAAUUCUCAAGCAACAUCCACAGACCCACAAUUUCUUUCUCUUAAAGGGAGGUGUGGAUAUAACUUGGUCAGAGUACCUUGGCUGCUUUGUGCCCACACGGUGCAGCCUCCUUGUGGCGUGGGCGGUAACAUACGCAUAGGGGAGGGGGCAGAGCUCGGCGGGGCGAGAGAGUAGAUGCGCUAAGAGGAAGGGAGGAGAUGAGGGGGGGGGGGGAAAGAAGGGGAAAGAAGUGGGGGAUGGGAACAAGCGGAGAAGUGUAGGAAUGAUGCCAGGCCUAUCGUAUGGCAGAUGCACCUUUUCCUGUAUGUAUGCACUGCAUACAUACAGGAACAGAAAGUAUUUGUGUUUUGAAAUAAAAAUAAGAAAUAUAGAAAUAGAUUGAUCUAUAUAAUAGGAUAUUACUGCCUGAUAUUUAUGGAGUUUUGAUUUUUCUAAUAGUAGGAAUUUUCUUGAUUUCAUGUUGUUUAUAGAGUUUCUGUUAGGUAAAGAUAGUCUAGCUUAAAUAUAUUCUAUAAGUUAUAUGUAUCUUUAAGAAAUGUAGAAAUAGAAAUAGAUUGAUCUAUAUAACAGGAUAUUACUGCCUGAUAUUUAUGGACUUUAGGUAAAGAUAAUCUAGUUUGUACAUAUUCUAUAACUAUAUCCUGAGCAGGAUGGUAAUGAGUUUAAGUAGAAUUGAUUUAGAGUCUUAAAAAUAUAGACAUACACUGUGUAUAUAAUAAUAUACUAUUGUUCAUAUCAGUGCAUAGUCGCUAUGUAUAUUUUUUGUAUAAAAAAUCCUUUGUAAUGUAAUACUUAAGGUCGAAAAAAUAAUAAUCAGUAAUAAUGCUUUAUUUAUCAACCGUAUACAGACAACUACUAAAAAAAUGGGCAAUGAUAUUAUUGCUCAAACAUGACAUGUGGAUUACAUGCUUGCAGUUUGGGUACAUUUCGUAGCAAGAAACAUUAAUCACAGCUCUUUAAUAUGCAAGGAGAGGUCAUUGCAGCACAGCUUUGCCCUAAACUGCUAAGGCCCCAGCUCCCUGUUACCAAUUUCUGACUCCGACCCUCUCCUCUUCUCUUCCCUCUUUCUUGGUCUCUCUCUCUCUCUCUCUCUCUCUCUCUCUCUCUCUUACUCUAUCUCACUAAAUAUUUAUUUUAUUUAUCUAUCUAUCUGUCUAUAAACGUCUCUACCUAUCUAUCUAUAUGUAUUCAUGUCUAUCUAUCUGUUUAUAUAUCCAACUGUCUAUCUAUCUGUCUGUCUAUAAGUUUCUCCCCCCUCUCUCUAUUUAUCUAUCUGUCUAUCUCUAUCUCUAUAUAUUUAGAUACAUCUCUCUUUCUCUCUUGAUCUGUAUAUAUUUAUCUAUGUAUCUGUUUAUCUGUCUGUUUUUCUAUAUGUUUCUCCCGUUCUCUCUCUGUCUGUCUAUCUAUCUAUUUAUUUAUCUGUCUGUCUGUUUAUCUAUCUAUCUACCAGUCUGUCUGCUUAUCUGUCUGUUUAUCCCGACGGAAAAACAGCUGUGCCGCCACGCCCUAAGCGAGCUGGGGGAGAAGCGUCUUAGCAUGAACCAGUCUUAGUUUGUGCCCAGCGCUCGGCGUGACCAGGUCGCCACCGCCUCUGGCCGCCUCACCGGCUGGCUGACCGGACACGCGACCCCGCGCUCAGCGCUUACCCGAAGACGCUAGUAGCGUGUGUCCCCUUGCAUGUGUUGUGAGUCUCGUUAAUUCAUUUCGUAGAGCAUUUUGGGUAUAGCGACCCCCCGCCGAUGAAGUCUGACAUGCAUAGCUAGACAUGGCUGAAACUUUUCUAUAUUAUGGUUUGUUGCUGUCGUAGUUGUAGGCGUAAAGAGCUAUGAUGUAUCUCUUUUGCCCGCGAUUUUAUCAGUCGUGACGUACAAUUUCUUAUGUGCAUCCUCUCUCUGUGUGGCGACAACUGGUUCAAGUAAAUCCUUGCGGAUAGCCGUUGUUUUCCUUAUCUACUCACAUAUCUAUCAAAGGCGGCUGGUAGUUCAAGCCAGGCCCAUGCGGAUCGCUACUGACGUCUCCCUCUCCUGUUUUUCUUCUUUAGUUUGUGAAAGUAAAACACAAAACGAAAAAAGGCGAAAAUAAAGUAAAAUCAAACAUUAAAAACUGUAAAUUUAAAUUUGCUAGUAGCACUUAACAUCCUCUCUUCUCUGUUGCCUUUCUUUUUCUCUUGCUAUCUUGGCCCUUGCGUGUGUGAUCUGGUUCCCCGACUAUAUAUAGCAGUUGGACCGGCGAUGUCUGACACGGCACAGAAGGAGGACCUGCUGCAGAAACGGUCACCUCAGGUUGCUGUGGAGGGUUUCAUCGGAAGAUCGCCUGCGGACCAGGAUGUUCGUCAGUGCAGCUAUUAAGCCGCCCAGGACGUCGUGGAAGGGCGCCGACUCCCGCAGAUCCAGUCAAACUUUAGGAGCGUGUUAGUCCUGGACGAGAUCUUCGAGGACGUGUGGACGAGGACGCCGCCGAGUUAGACCUGGACGAGGACUACGAGGAAGUCAAGGAGGACUUGUGCGAGACCUUCGAGGACGUGUGGACGUCGAGGACAGAUGGAUUCACCAAGGACCAGGAAGAAGAAGAGGACGACAAGGACCAGGGCCAGGCAAAGUUGGGUAACCCUCUGAGGCGAAUCUAUGGUGUCUUGAGGGCGAGGCGUGAGUAGGUAGCCGAGCAAUAUGGCAUUUCAUUAAGCAAUCAUGGACAGCGAAAACAGUGACCUCGCCUUGCUCUCCCCCAUUUCCAGCAUCUGAUGUCCCACGCCACGUUUCCGGUGGAUGCUCAAUGUUUGUGUCCGAGGAUGACCCACUCCUCAGGUCGCUCCCAGACAUUACUGUAGACCAGGCUACAGGUACUCUCUCUCUUCCAAUCCACAGGCUAAUUGACUAAAACCAGGGGUUAUUCUAGCAGUAAGCCAGAGAUCCUUUACGGAAGACUGCUUGCUUAGGAUAACCCUUGCUGCAGGCAUAGAGAGAGGCCGUAGUCGAGCCUCGUUCUUUGAUUUUAAAAUUCGAGGAUUCGAGGCACCCUGUUUAUAGGGUAAGUUAAGAUAAGUUAUGUGUGCACCAUCAGUAUAUGCUGGCUUUGUUAUAUUUUUAUCACUUAUGUAAUAAGUGGACACCCACUUAUAUACCCAAGCUCUGUAUAUAUAUCCAAGCUCGUUUAUUAGAUAUUAGUUUUAUGUGUUUGUUUGUUUCUCUUUGUAGCAAUGUUCUUUUUAGCGAGGAGUUGUGGCCAGGCUCCUCUUUGAUUUUCCACGCGGGGAGUGUUAAAUUUCGCAGUACAGUUGACCCCCUUGUGUACACAACGUAACAUUAGGGAACCAAAAGGGUUCGAUAUAUAUUGAUGUACGUAAAUUUCAUGAAUGAUAUUUAUCCCAAACCCACUGUGCCCUCGGAGAAUGCUUACCACUCGGCCCGCUCCGUCGGCAUAUCUCAGUAAAGGUAAUUAACCAGUGAAUAGUGUCAGUGCCAAAGUCUGACACUAUAAUCAAACGUUGCUGAUCACUACAACACCGCCAUCAGCUCUUACCUUAAAACAACUCUUGAGUUCCCUUCACUGUGUAGUACUCUACCUUGAUAAAGAGUCAAGCCGUCAUGCAACUAUGAUUACCCCUGCUAGAACUGAGGUUCUGUGCCUUUUACUCACUCACUCUCUCUCUCUCUCUCUCUCUCUCUCUCUCUCUCUCUCUCUCUCUCUCUCUCUCUCUCUCUCUCUCUCUCUCUCUCUCUUCUCUCUUGCUUAACUAUAACGAAAACAACAGACUACCCUAAUAUUUUAAAUGAUUCUCAAGAAAAUAGCAAAAUGUUACAAAAAUGUAAGUUAUCUCCAGCUCCUAAAAACAGAUGGGAUUCUCUAGUUUACAGAUGGCUUGCAGAUGAUGCAGGUUACCCUUCAUUUAUAUUUUUUGGAGGCAAAGAAAGCUUGCCAUCCAAUUUCAUCUCACAGUGCAGUAAUGGCAAUGAAUCAUAGUCAUAACAUCACUGUUUCGGCUGAUUCUUUACUUACGCAUAUGGAAGACGAACGAAAGCACUUGUUAAUCUUGAAAGACCAAUACACAAACUCAUAUUGUUAGUUGAAUCAUCGUGGAACUGGAGUGUCCUCACCAAAGAGCUUAUUUAUAUAUCAAAAUUGUGCCAACAAAUUUAUAGUUCCUUGGUAGUUUAAGUAUUAAUUCCACCCUUUGCUCAUUUAAGUACAGAUUUCCCUUACCAGCUGUUUAUGCAAAACUUUUGAAAGGAUGAUGUUAAAUAGACAUAUUUAUAGAAUUAAGUACCUACUAUCGAGUAAUCUUCAUGGAUUUUUGCCAGGGUAGAGUCCAAGAUUGCAUUGCAUCCUUCCUCAUGACUCUCGGGUCACCAGUCUCACUGCAUUUGAUAUUGCUAAUCCUCAUAUCAUCUUACACGAACUGGCCAAGGUGGGAUUAGUGGAUUAGUGGAUUAUUUCAAAAUAGAGAAUCAAGUGUACUUUUUCAGGGGUACAUAAGCGAACAGAAAGGCUUUGUAAUGGUUUGUGUGCUUCUAUUCUGCCACUCACCCUUUCUAUAGGAGCUGACGAGUAUUCCUCAGGUCAUGAAUUAUGGGGUAUGAACAUGGGCACUGGGGGGAAAGCCAGACAAAGUUAACCUGCAUGGUCUAAGGAGUUGAGAGAGGCCAGUAUCCAAUUCCCAACUACUUUAUUACUGGCAUACGGAGUCAAAAUCACAGCCGAGUCCAAUCUCAGUAAAACAUACGGUUUAUGAGACAGAGCAGGUAGAAAAAAACACCAAUAACGUGUAAAACCCUUUCACAAUCGAGGUUAACCGCCAAAUACCUGCCGGUGACGACUCCAGCACUCACUCAGGCAAGAGGAUGCCACCCAUCUCGGUUGUGUAAGGGGUUGAGUGUGGACUACGAGCUCUCUCUGACCUGAAAUAGCAUUGCAUGUUCUCGUGGAGGUGGGGCGUUUAGUAAAACACGCAAGGACGUACCGACAGGCGUCAGCAAGCGCAUUCAAAACAAGGGAAGCACCACCAUAGAGAUAGUAAUAAAGACUAGAGGGCGCACUCAUAGCGAUUGGUCAGAACAGAAGCAUGGGCAAUCGGCGCCACUUGCUUUGUACGGCAAAAUCGCACGGCAGCGUACGAAAUCACAAUAAACAGAACAUGGGGACAUCAAAGUUAGCAGGGGCAAUCUCAGUGAAAAAGGGUGAACUAGUAACUGUCAGGCACACAAUCACAGUUUAAGCUUUGACGACCUACUUGUGGUUGUUUGGAUGUGUGUGCGUAUGUGUGUGUGUGGUGUAAAAAGCGCGCGUGAGAGGUGACGAGGUGAUUGAGCGAAAAUAGGCCUAGGAUAGCUGAACUGGUGGCGCUUGUGUGAAGGUCAUAGCAGCAGUAACGGCGCAUUUUUCCCAUCAGUCGGUAAACUGACUAUCCCUAAAGGUGAAUUGUUUAUUUUCAUUGUUAUUUGAUUUAGAAUAUAAUGCAGACUUGACGCAUUUGAGAGAUCGUUAAGAGUUUUUUUUCGUUGUUAAUCUGUACUUAAUUAAUGGUGUAAUGUCCUUCCCUAAAGGCAGAGAAAACAAAUGCCCAGAGACAGACAGACAGAGACGCAGACAGAGGCAGAGGCGGAGAUAGACGGGUGGAAUCCUGCAGCUUCAGUAGUGAAUUGAAAAGUGAUAAUCAACAAUUAUGGACGUCUGUGCUAAAAAUAAUAGUGAAAAGUGAAAGUGAAUUGUAGGGAAGUGAACAUUAGCGCGAGGGGUUGUGAAGCGACAUUGUUAUAUAUUUUGUUUAUAAUCAAUAUUUUUAAGUAUAAGUAAAUGGUAAAGGUUUA